GGCGGGUACUAUUCUUCGGUUGACGUUGUUGUUGUAAGUGGUAGAGAAAUUACUUUGUCGGCGGUGGUCCGGUUUGGGAUUUAACACGUAGUUCCAUCUAUGAAGAUGUUAAAAAGUUAGGAAUUGCUCGUCUUGGAAAGGUGUAUGGUAUUCACAAGUGGGCACUUGCUGGAAAACUAAAUGGGACGAUGAGAAAAACAUCUGCGAGGCCGUUGAAGGUGUGGCAGAUUGAAUAGCACACGGCAGAGGAGCUCCCCCCACCCCCUCGCCCCCUUCCCCUGCUGCCCCGUCAGGAAGAGCAGAGUCCUUGUUUGUUUAUUUUGUUUCUAUUUUUUUUCUGCUUUGAUAAAACCCGCAACCUGGUGAAUUCAUGAUCACAUGACCGUGGAUAUGGACGCAGUCCUAUCCGACUUUGUCCGUUCCACUGGAGCUGAACCAGGAUUGGCCAGAGAUCUGCUAGAGGGCAAGAACUGGGAUUUCACCGCUGCCCUCAGUGACUUUGAACAGCUACGACAGGUGCAUGCUGGGAACCUGACGUAUUCACUCACAGAGGACAGGACGUAUCUGCAACCCGAAAAGGAGAUGGCCAGGGUAGGGCGGCCAAUACUCCACCGCCAGGAUGAGGUGGUGCAAGCUGCUACAGAAAAGCGUCUGUCGAGGGGAAUUUCCCACGCCAGUUCAACCAUCGUGUCCCUGGCGCGCUCUCACGUCUCGAGCACUGGAGGGAGCAGCACUGAGCCGCUCCUGGACACGCCCCUGUGCACUUUCCAACUACCAGACCUCACCGUGUACCGGGACGACUUCCGGGGCUUCAUUGAGAGGGACCUCAUCGAGCAGUCCAUGAUGGUGGCCUUGGAGCAUGCUGGGCGACUAAACUGGUGGACCAAAGUGGUUUCAAACUGUCAGAAUCUGCUGCCGCUGGCAACGAGCGGAGAUGGAAACUGCCUGUUACACGCCGCGUCGCUCGGUAUGUGGGGUUUUCAUGACCGGGACCUGAUGCUGCGGAAGUCCCUGUAUGCGCUGAUGGAUCACGGGUUGGAGCGAGAGGCACUGAAGCGCAGGUGGAGGUGGCAGCAGACCCAGCAGAACAAAGAGUCUGGUCUGGUGUACACGGAGGAGGAGUGGCAGAAAGAGUGGAAUGAACUGUUGAAGCUCGCCUCCAGUGAGCCGCGAAUACACUACAGCACCAACGGCACCAAUGGGGUGGAGUCCUCAGAUGAACCGGUGUACGAGAGUUUGGAGGAGUUUCACGUCUUUGUCUUGGCCCACGUCCUCAGGCGACCCAUUGUGGUGGUGGCGGACACCAUGCUGAGGGACUCUGGAGGAGAGGCCUUUGCCCCCAUCCCAUUUGGAGGCAUCUACCUACCGCUGGAGGUGCCAGCUGCCAAGUGCCACCGCUCGCCCCUCGUCCUGGCGUACGACCAGGCGCAUUUCUCUGCCCUCGUCUCCAUGGAGCAGAGGGACGGCUCCAAAGAUCAAAGUAAAGCAGUUGUGAUCCCUCUCACUGACUCGGAGCACAAAAUGCUGCCUCUGCACUUCGCUGUGGAUCCUGGGAAAGAUUGGGAGUGGGGCAAGGAUGACACAGACAACGUGAUGCUGGCAAGUGUGGCUCUUUCUUUGGAGGCCAAGCUCCAGAUGUUGCACACGUACAUGACGGUCACCUGGCUGCCCCUGCCCUGUGAGCAAGCCCCUCUGGCCCAGCCAGAGUCUCCCACAGCAUCGGCUGGAGAGGAUGCCCGAACGCCUCCGGACUCAGGGGAGUCAGACAAGGAGUCAGUCAGCAGCAGCUCCAACGGCAACGGGGACACAACCACAGGAUCAACGGCCAAUGGAGGAGGGACAUUGGCCAAGAACAGCUCCUCUUCCUCAUCAAGUUCCUCCAGCAGUGGAUCUGCUGGGGCCGGGACAGGAACAGUGGGGAAGGACAAAUCCAAGAAGGACAAGGAGAAGGACAAAGACAAGGACAAAGACAAGAAAAGGGCAGACUCUGUAGCCAAUAAACUUGGCAGUUUUGGAAAAAGUCUGGGCAGCAAGUUAAAAAAGAAUGUGGGCGGUCUGAUGACGGGAAAGAACGCCGGAGCUGGAGUCACCAAGCAGGACGCUGUGGAGAAGAAGAAGGGCUCGUUUAGGGGGAGGAAGGGCAGCAAGGAUAGCUCGCCUUCGGCCCAUGUCUCAGAGGAUUCUGGGAAAGGCUCCCCCUCCUCAGGUAGCGAGCGUCUCAACGGAACAGGAAGCAGUAUGAGCAGCAGCGGGGGGAGCAGUACUGAGGGCGAACACUACAAAUACAGCGCUGAUGUCAAGGUCAGCCUGGGCAUCCUGCGAGCCGCCAUGCAGGGUGAGAGGAAACUCAUCUUCGCCAGCCUUCUCACGACCAGCAACCGGCAGCCCUUCCAGGAGGAGAUGAUCCAGCGGUACCUUGCAGAUGCAGAGGAGCGCUUUCGGGCCGAGCAGGAACAACAGCGGCGUGACGCAGAGAGGAAGGGCGUAACCAAUGGCAUCCCACCGCCUAAGAAGGAGCUGGUUGUCGGUACAGAGCUAACAUACCGGCCUUAUGAGGCCAAAGAGGAGCUGCCGGAGAACUCAUCACCUUCCUUUAACCCUCUCAAGGCCUCUCCAUUGACCUCCUCUAUUUACUCUGGUGUUGUGCCCAUCCCCCGGCCCUCCUUCAUAGAUCAGCCCCCUGCCGCAGCACCCCUUACCCAGCACCUUCAUAUGCACAGCUACAUGGACACCAGGCGCCAACUAGCUGGUGGCUCCCCGGCCACCUCCUAUCCCGGCCUCCCCUCUUACGCCACCCUUCCCCGGCACUGCCCUGCAACGCAGGCCCCCUCCCAUCCCCAGUUCAAUAAUUCACAAGGCCCGGCCUCCCUGAGUCCGUCUCGCCUCGUACCCUCAUAUCCCCCUGAGUUUGACCCGCCGGAUUACCCCGGGUCUGAGCCUGCUGGUGGGAGUUACACCAACGGCUUCCGGGACAUGCGCUCCAACUUAGACUCUCGGAGUGGGCAGCCCCCAGUCAGACACUACUCGCUGGGCAGCGCCGGUGGUCUGGCCAGCCUGCAGUCCAGCCGCUGUCGGACAGCCAGCUGCACCUACUACGGACACCCCGAGACGGGCAACUACUGCUCCUACUGCUACCGGGAGGAGCUGAAGAAGAGGGAGCCCGAAGCAGCCAUCCACAGGUUCUGAACUGACCGUUGCUAUGGCUGGAAUUUGACGAGUGGCCUUUUCAGUUUAAAUUAAAAAAGAUAUAAUGGCUGGGGCAGAUCAGCCUCUGAAUGGACAAGAGAAAGGCACAACCAGCUCCCUCCUCCUUCUUCUUUUUUUUUUUUAUAGCUGUGUCACUUCCUGUUGGAAUAGACGACCUCAGAGAGUGGCGUACAGUCGGCACGACUUCAGAGUAAACAGGGUGGAUUCUGGGUGCUGGGGUCACAUGUUAGACCAUAGAUUAAAUGAACUGCACUUCUGUUACAUUUUGCUGUGGCUCUUAUGCAGGCGUGUGUGUGUGUGUGUGUGUGUGUGUGUGUGUGUGUGUGUGUGUGUGUGUGUGUGUGUGUGUGUGUGUGUGUGUGUGUGUGUGUGUGUGUGUGUGUGUGUGUGUGUGUGUGUGUGUGUGUGUGUGUGUGUGUGUGUGUGUGUGUGUGUGUGUGUGUGUGUGUGAGCUGCAGGCUCUCCUCCUUUAUCAGUUUAACGCCUUGCUUCUGUCUCCUCCUGGUGGAGAGAAUGUAUAUGGCAGGCACCAUACAUAACACUCAUCAACACACAGAUACAGUACAUAAACACAUAUACACUAAGUCAGACUCACACUACUUCACACACACAGAGAUGCAAGCACAAACAGAAAAGGCACGAGUCUCUCCUCUCCAUUUUGUGAUAUGUAAUAAUGUUUGUAUUGGUUAAUUAAGGGAUGUUUGAGCAUUUGGAAGUCACAGCUGUCUGUGGUGACUUCAGUGUUAUACAAAUUGACACUACUGUUACUAGAUGCUUGCGUCAUAUGUACCUCGGGAAACAGCAGAAUGAAUCCUUGUCGAUUUGCUUUUUCGUCAAUCCCCAUUUGCAUAAUGCACAUUUUAAGUACCGUGCAAUGCUAAUGAUGAAGCGUUCUGUGGGCUGCUGUGGUGCUAAUGUUUCAGAAUGCAAACACAGAAAUGUCCAUGCAUUAAAGACACUUGCUCUCUCCACUGUUAACCUUUUGGCAGAACACUAUACAUAUAGCUUUAAAUUGGAUUAUUAAGAUGUCAAUUUAUUGAAGUUUGGAUGCAAUUGGUUACAAUUUUAAGAAGGCAUGGUUGAAGGAUGACUACAUCGACAUAGCACUACGAUAAGAAACUGUUCCCAAAGCCUGAUCCAGAGUAUUUCAUAUGUUACAAUGUUGCUCCUUCUGCGUUGGGUCUUCCUCAUUCUGUUCCAAUAGUUGGCUUUGAGGUAUUUGCUUAUUGUUGCUAGCACAGGCAUGCAAUAAUACACACACUAAAAGUCUACAAAAACACUACAAAUGUCAAAAUGUCACAUCCAGCGCAACAGUUUUUGAAGACAACAUGCUUAGGGGCUGGGUAGUAUAUGGAUAUCAUAUCGAUAUCGUGACAUAGGAAUAGAUAUCAUCUUGGAUUUAGAAAAUUGGAAUCGUGCAUAGUCAACCCUUGAGAAGGAGAUGAUACAGAAAAUGUUACUUCUGAAAUUAGAAUUUCUUUGUAUCGCCCAGCCCUGCCUGCCAAGGUAAAAUAUUAAAAUGAAACACAUUUCAAUAUUUUGGGGGAUUUCAAGCAAAUUAACCUUAUUUCUUAAACAAGUGACAGACACUUGCUCAGAAGCAGUGAACAUUUCUGCAGAUGUGACAAUUGUCUCUGAUUUCUGUUUGCAUGAUGCAAAGGGAUCCAUUUACUAUUGUUGGAUGUUGAUACUCAAUAACAUGCACAUUGUACUGACAAAUUAUGGUAACAAGUUAUGAGCAUUGGUAUUUCAGCUGUUGAAAUGCCAGUGCUCUGGUGUUUGUAUUUCCUGAUCACACAAAAGGUCAUACCUUCAUGCUGUCCUUUCUAAUGGGACAUGUUAACGCUGAUUGGUUUGGUCACCGCACUGCAAAUUCUGACGUUCUACUGAAGGCCGUUUCUUUCAUUUCUGGCAUUCGUCCCGCCAAUUCCAGUCGCGUAUUGUCUUUUUGCACAAAUUCAAGCACUUUCCUGAUGUCCAUAGAUACAAAACUUUUUACUGUUUUUGAAGUAGCCCGACUGUUUGACCGUUGUCCAUCUCUGCAAACACUGCCACCUCUGUUCACGGGGAAAUCAGGGGCGCAGGCCAGGAGGGUUUCUCUGACAGAUUCAGUUAAUAUAGAGCUACAGCAUUUUGGUGCCAGCGUCACCAUCUAACUCAGUUUCCUAGUUGCCUUUUUCAGCAUUUGUCCUCGUGGCAUCACAACCCUGUUUGUACGUACACAGACAUCAAAUAUCCACUGCUUGCUUUUUGCCUGCAGUCUUUACUACUACUGCCCCAAAAAAUGUAACAACUUACAAUUGUUUUUGCAGUGUGUUCUAGCUUUUGAGAUAAUGCCAUUAUCUUUUUCAGUUAGGCACAUCAACUAGUUGAUACCGGCUGAUGUUCUGUCUUCCUUAUUUUAAUAUUAUUUGGUUGUAAUAAUGUCAGAAUGACUUCUUAAAUACUUGUGAUUAUUCCCCUAUAAGAGCCAUGUUGAGGACUUUCUUUUGAGGCAGUGUAACUCUUGCUCUACUCUUGUUGAUCGAAUCUGUUCUUUGGCAUCAAGUCUAGAAAAGCACAAUUUAGUAUGCAAUUCACUGCCUUGCCCAGCUGAGGGCACUCUUGUUUUGUUUUCCUCUUAACUUAGUGUUUUGGAGCUUACUCUGGCUACCUAAACUAUAAACAAACAUAACCAAAAUACUAGAAAACAUGUUCAGUAGUGUUAAUUUAACACUAUGUAACACUAUAUUACAAUUUGUUCUAUGUUGCUAAAACUGUUCAAAGAAGAAGGGAGUUUUUUUGCUGUGCACUAAAAGAAACACUAGAGUUUUCAUGACAAUAAAACACUUAAAAAAUGCUGUUCCCCCAAAAAACAUGUGCAUUUGCUGUGUUUAUCUGUGUUGACAUGUGUCCGUGCACUAGCAUUUUUCAUUUAGACAAGACCCAUCAAGUGUUCAGGUGAUGCCUGUUUUUAAAAAGUGUGCAAACUCUCUUUACCUCCCUCCAAAGUAAUAAUGAGCUUACAAAACCAUUUUUAUUUUUUGCAAUGAAACAGAUGCCUCACAUACAUGUAAGACAUCAGACUCUACAGGCUGCAAACACUUUUUUGUAUUUAAGAAAAAAACAAUGAGAGGUUGUAUAAAUAUGUUCCACGUUAUUUUUGUAAGCCCAAAGUUUUACAGUGUUUAUAAAAGGGUAAGAAUGUAUACUGUUGGAUAGUGAAACAGGUAUGGAUGAUAAGCUUGUUAGAGCCUGAGUUUGACAGAAAGUGACAUUUUGGCUGUCGAAGGCGACUUAAAGACGAGUCUCUUCGAGGCUAUCUCAUUGCAAACUAAUUUCCUCAAUGCAGACCUAACAAAACACCAUUUGAGAAUAUAUAUUUAUAGUGAGAUUUUUUAAUAGGUUUCCUUGUGGAAUGUUUAGUUGCGACACUUUAGGAUGUUCUUUCUCACAUGGCUAAUUGUCUAGCAGUAUUUGUUUGUUGCUUUUUUGAUUUGUACAUUUGUUUACUUUUUUUCUACAGCCACCAAUUCGUGCUAUGCUAAAACAUGACAGCAGCGUUCUUGUUGACCCAGCUCGUUUCCUCCCAACCAGAAGAGAAAUGGCUCAGAAUUAGUUUUGCAACACAGCUGACCGGAUAUAUUUUUAUAUAUUGUACAACACUGUAUUUUCUGUGUGAACAGAAUAUCCAUCAUCAGUGACAUUAACAUGGAAUACUUCGAGUUGCAUGGGACUGGAACUGUUGCAUGUAAAUGGCGAUCCAUUUUUACCAAAUUUGUGCAUUAUUUUAACUUUCAGUUGUCCUGGUUUCUUGAUCUGUUUUUAUUGUUUUGAUGUUUUCUUUUUUUUUAAGAGGAGAGCCCUAAGGCUGUGUGACAGUGCAAUCUGGAUAGAAAGAACAUCAGAUUUUAUGUUAGGUUAUUAUUAUUAUUUUAAUUAUUCAUUUUUUUUGCACCGUUUGAAUAAAUUCUCAUUGUAUUUCAAAAAUGG